AUUAUCUAAAGUAGUAUUUAUUAUCAAAUUAGUUACUAACAAGUAAUAACUAAGAACACUUGUACCUAUUUAUUUUUAAAAAAAAACCAUGUAUUGUAAAUCAUUUUCUUGAGAAAUUAUGUUUAAAUUUAUCAUAUAGUAUAAUUACGACAAUAAUUUACUAUACAUAAUAGAAUAUAAAAAUUAUUAUUUGAACAACAGAAUUACAAAAUUGUAAAAUAAACAAAUAUUUGGUUAAAAAAAAUACAGCAAUUUAUUCCUUAUUAUGUAGAAUGAAAAUUAUUAAUUAGCUGCUAAAAAUUUUUAUAAAUUAAUUAAAUAUUGAAUUAAUUUUUUAAUAAGUUGUAUAAUAUAUAUAAGAUAAACCUACUUAUUGGAGUAUUUUUAUAAAUAUUAAAAGUAUACUUAAACUUAAACUUUAGACGUUGUUUUUUCAAUAACUAAAAAAAUAUAUACUAAUAUGUAUAUAUAUUGUAUAUAUAAAUGUUUUUCAAGGCCACUACUAGUCAUUAAUACUUUAAUAUUUUCAUUUGUGGGGGAAGAAAAAAUAAAAUUUUGUCAACAAAGCCUGUGACGUAUGGCCCACGUUUCACUUCUACAGAAGAGGUCGGGAUUUUUUUUCUACGCUGUCCGGUUGACACAGAAAUAGAUUUUUUGGAAGAUUGCCUCAAUGUGCGAGGGCCGCUUCAUGUAUGCCAGGUCCACAAUACAGUUGACCAACAGUUUUCCGAACCAGGGCCAUGUAGAUACAUUAGAUCAUUCAGUAGACACUUUAAUUUAUUUAUUUUAUUACGUUUUUCAUAUAAAUUCACAAGUUCGGUUAAUGUUUCCUCCGGAUAUGAAUGGCCAUGCUCCGUCCGAAAAGCGCCGCACUAGGUACGCUCGAUCGUCGACAGUUAGUGUCACUCAAAUGUUAUCAGAUUCUUGUUCUAGUCUUAUUAACCGCAUAACCGGACGAUCUCGUGGUCCAUCCGAGUGUAUCCGUAAACCUGAGCUCAAACCCGUCGAAACAUCGCGAAAUCAUAAUAUUCCUUCUUCAUCGUCGUCGUCUUCCUAUCUUCCUAGCCCGUUUCAUUCAUCUGGAUACUCUGUGCGUAAUGAAGAUCGUUAUUUAUCCGCCUUAGAUGCCCAUCGUUACCGAAGACAACAAAGGCCCCUCACCAAAAGUGCUACCACAGUUUUGUUAUCAGAAAAGGCUUAUCCAUUUGUUCAUCAAACACCACGUGAAAAGACCCCGUAUCGUCGCCAUAAACCCAACGUACUGUUAUCCAUACGACCAUUAAAACGGUCUCCUACAACCAUCACUGCUACAAUACAUACACCCGAACCUGUAGAACAAGUUGUAGACCCCGUGAUAACGGAGCGUGAAGCCAGGCGUAAGGAGAUACAAACAUUGAUUAUGAAAUAUUCAGCCUUGGACAAUGACGAGGAAAACGAUGAUACUCCUAGUGUUUUGACUAAGUGCCAACAAAAGUAUUCUUCCAUUCUUACCUCUUCUGUGAGCAGUGGCCAGCGAGCAAGAAGUCCAGUCAUUGUGGAUGACGAAGAGGGACAUCUGAUAUACAAAAAUGGAGACAAUCUGGCCGAUAGAUAUCAAAUCAUCCAAACCCUUGGGGAAGGUACUUUUGGAAAGGUAGUUAGUGCCAAAUGUCUGAAAAACCGUGAUGAAAUUGCUGCGGUCAAAAUAAUAAAAAAUGUUGAAAAAUAUCGAGAAGCCGCUCGUUUGGAAAUUAAUGCCUUAGAAAAACUAAAUGCAAAGGAUCCAGAAAGUAAAAAUCUUUGUGUUCGAAUGAUUGAUAACUUCGAAUUUGGCGGACAUGUAUGCAUUGGAUUUGAAUUGUUGGGACUAAGUGUUUUUGACUUUUUGAAAGAAAAUAACUACCAACCAUACACAGUUGACCAGGUACGGCAUAUAUCUUAUCAAUUAUGUUAUGCUGUCAGAUUUUUACAUCGCAAUAAAUUGACACAUACUGAUCUGAAACCAGAAAAUAUUCUUUUUGUCAAAUCUGAAUAUGAUACACAAUAUAAUCAAAAAAAGGUAAUGUAUAAUAUUGUGAGCCUUUUCUUAUCAAUUAUAAAUAUAUUAAUUCAAAUUGGUGUUGCACAGAAGCGUGCGUAUAAAAUGAUCAAAGAUACCGAAGUACGAUUGAUUGAUUUUGGUAGUGCUACAUUUGACGAUGAACACCAUAGUACAGUCGUAUCAACAAGACAUUAUAGAGCACCUGAAGUUAUUUUAGAACUUGGGUGGGCUCAACCAUGUGAUGUAUGGUCUAUUGGAUGUAUUAUUUUUGAACUUUAUUUGGGCAUUACAUUAUUCCAAACACAUGACAAUCGUGAACACCUGGCAAUGAUGGAGCGAAUUCUUGGCUCAAUACCUUACAAGAUGGCCAGAAGAAGUAAAACAAAAUAUUUCUAUCAUAGCAAAUUAGAUUGGGACCAAUCCAGUUCUGCUGGACGAUAUGUUAGAGAAAAUUGCAAACCCUUAAAGAGAUACAUGAGCUCUGAAGAGGAAGACCACCGGCUAUUGUUCGAUUUGAUCUCUCAAUUGCUCAAAUACGAGCCAACUCAACGUAUGACCAUGGAGGAAGCUUUAGACCACCAAUUCUUUUAUAAACUACCCGCUCACCAGAGACUUCAUGACAAAGAAGAAAGAUCACAUUCACUGUCCAGAUGAAAAUGUCGUAAUAGCCGUGGUCGCUAAACAUGCACCUCUGGCUUGAACGUCUCUUCUAAUUGAGAUGCCAAUUGUUUUUUUUUUUUUUUUUUAACUGGCCUUGUUAAGUAACAUUAGCUAGGAUAAGAUAAAGAAAACGAUAUAUACAUAAUUUGUAUAUAGUUACUUUUGUAAUCUUUCGCGUUAAGUGUUAGUAGAAUUAUGAAGUUUAACUUAAGAUAUUAUUUUCCCUCCCACGAAUAGAAAUAUUUUUAAUGUAUUCAAAAUUCUGUGUUCAUAACUACACUUUUAUAUACAGAUUAUCUAGAAAAAUUGUAAAAGUUUAAUAUACAUAAAGAAGUAUAAAACAUUUACAAUUUUAUA